AUGACAAGCGUUGGAUCCUCUAUCGAAGUACUAAGUGGAACCUGUCUUCCCGCAACAGAAUAUGGCACAUCGCCCCCUGGAUCGAUUCCCGUUGGUGUGGAGGUCACAAAGCACAUGGUCGGUACUAGUAUCUUAGAUCAAGAAUCUGUUAUUAAUAUGCAAGCGGCUCUUUAUCGCUAUGCUUCCCAUGGUCGUCUACACAAACGACUUGGAGAUCCACAUUACAAAUCAAGCUGCCGAUCACGGAGUACUGGCGUCCGGUCAAAUUCGUCGCCAUCCAACAAGCCCACUUCCACAAUAAGGUCAAAUGAUUUUCUCACAGUACUCAAGGUUGGACUUCCGGAUCAAUCACAAAGUGCAGGGUUAACAUCUCCAAUCUCACAAACACAUCUUUCGUUUCUACAAAACCCACUGAAGCCCACACCAUGUCACCAUCUCCGGCAGCCAGACCGCUACCCACGUUCUACAAGCGUUGGCCAUUUGGGUUGUUUGAUUCGCAGUUGGAGACGCCUUGCUAAAAAACCCAGCCCAAGCCUUCCCGCGCUUGUGGUUGAACCAACCGCUGAUGUCCUGCUUGGAGAUCGGUGA